AUGGUCCCCGCCAAGGCAUCAGCAGGUGCCACUGGAGCAGCUGCCGCCGCGGCGCUGGCUGCCGCUGCUAGGGCGGAUAUCGCCGCCGUGGCCCCGGCGACCCCCGCGGACGUGUGCGCUGCCGAGGUACCGGUAGGCGCCCCUGAGGGGGCCGCCGCCGCCGUGCUCACGACCGCCGCUGGGGCGGGUGUCGCCAUCGAGGCUCCGGCGACCCCUGCGGACGUGAUCGCCGCCGAAGUACCGACGGGCGCCCCUGAGGCGGCGGCCGCCGUCGGGGCGGAUGUCGCCGCUGGGGAAGAUGCAGCCGCGGCCGCCAAGGAGAUAGCAGCAGCCAUUAUGGGUGAUCAACGUUGA